GUUUCUGACAGGAAGUCUGCACAACUCAGGAUGCUCAGCACGUUCCUGUCUGUAUGCUAUCAUUAUCAUUACGGACAUCGCACGUAGUAGCCGGAAACGGAUAAGAAGUACAACGUCAUGUGACCGCUGACGGGUGGUUGUGGUGUAAGAGGAAUAAAGAACUUGGGAUUGUUGGGAAAUAUUCAGCUGAUCAGAAGUAAUUGCACCCCAAACCCUUCGAUCUCUGUAGAAACGCUUCGAAAUGGAGACUGCAUACUUCAGGAACAAUUUCUGGGGGGAGAAGAAUGCAGGCUUUGACGUUCUCUACCACAACAUGAAGCAUGGCCAGAUCGCCACCAAAGAGCUGGCUGAGUUUGUGAGAGAGAGGGCUGCCAUUGAGGAGACCUACUCCAAAUCCAUGAGCAAGCUGGCAAAGAUGGCCAGCAAUGGAAGCCCGCUCGGCACAUUCGCCCCCAUGUGGGACUUGUUCCGGAUGUCUUCGGACAAAGUCGCACUCUGCCACAUGGAGCUGACGAGGAAGAUGAACGACCUUAUCCGUGACAUCAACAAGUACGGCGAGGAGCAGGUCAAAGUUCACCGCAAGACGAAGGAGGAGGUGAUUGGUACUCUGGAGGCAGUUCAGGUUCUACAGGUGCAGAACGGACACUUGCAGAAGGCCAGAGAGGGCUAUCACGCUAAAUGUAUGGAGCUGGAACGGCUACGCAAGGAAGGAGCUCCUCAGAAGGAGCUGGAGAAGGCUGAGCUGAAAUCCAAGAAGGCGGCCAAGUCGUUUGCGGCGUCUGUAGCUAAGUUUAACUCCACGGGAGGAGACUUCGAGCAGAAGAUGAGCGAAUCUGCACAGAAGUUCCAGGACAUCGAGGAGGACCACUUAAAGAAGAUGAAGCAGCUGAUUAAGGCUUACUCAAACUCCAUAGAGGACACACACGUCCAAGUGGGACAGGUUCAUGAGGAGUUCAAGCAGAAUGUGGAGAACAUCGGCAUAAGGAGUCUGAUUCAGAAGUUUACUGAGCAGAAGGGCACAGGGAAAGACCGGCCAGGCCCUGUGGGAUUUGAGGAGUUCUUGUCCACUCAAGCGUUUGACAAUAACAAGAAAAGCAGAGCAAAAGCCUUCAGGAUUCCUGGCUUGGGCAAGAGGGACAAAGAACCAGAGCUUACGGAUUCGGCGCUGACAGAUACACCAAAUUCACCUUUGGAGGUAGACGACGAAGGGUUUAUGAUCCGGGCGGAUGCUGGUCACAACGGCUGCACAGACGACAAAGAGAACCACUUUUACUCCAGCGACUCGGACUACGACGAUGAAGAACCAAAAAAAUUCCACAUCCAGAUUCGGCCCGUGUGCAGCCGCAGCAACUCAGCUGCAAACGAGCUGGAGCUGAAGGCCACCGUGGGGACCCUCAGCCUGCCCUCGAACCCUGGGGCGACAACGAAGAGGCAGCUUUCUAGAAACAUCAGUACAGCAGUACGCUCGGAGGUAGAGGGCGCCCCCCACAGGGAAGAUGAGACAGAGGGUCUGUGCAGGUUCACCUCAAGUCCAAACCACAGCAGGCUGAGCUCCACAGCGUCGGGAUCAGAUUCGCUCUUUGGUCCUCCACUAGAAUCAGCCUUUAAAUCUCACAGCUUCUCGGGCCAGGAGCAGCUACAGACGUCUGAAUACGCUGCUUUCUCGUCUGCUUCCUCGUCGCCCGACAAUGUGGAGGACUCCGGUUUGGACUCACCGUCCCAUCAGCCCCUGGAUGCAUCCCCGGAGCCGGCAGGCUGGGCGGCUUGGCCUUCGUCUUCUCAGCCCAAAGACUCUGCAUCCUCACGGCAACCCGUCGACCCCUUCUUCGCUCGUUCCCCUCUGCCGCAAGAGUGGCCUUUGUCCCAGCCUUCUCCUUUGGCUCCGCCCCUAACCAAAGGCUCCGUCUCUUCUUUGGCGUUUCCUUCCUUUUCCAACAGCGUGGAUCCCGGCGUCUGGAGCUGUAAACACAUCCCCCCGGAGGACCCCUUCGUGGCUGCUUUUGAGCACCGACCCGCUCACCAGGACACUUGGGGAGUUCCGCCUCCUUCUCGCACGACCCACGAGGACCCGUUUGCCCCGCCUACGAAUGGCACUAAAACCCUCCCUCCUUCUAACUCGUCAUCCCGUAAGGACAGAGAGAGGAAACGAGAGCGCAGCGUGCCGCCUCCCGAUUCUCCUGACGAUCCCUUCGCCAUCACCAUGAUCGGCAGCCCGACCCACCAAUCCGCCAUCGCCGCGCAAACCGCUUUAACUUUGGCGGUCGGUUCGAGCUCCACCCCUCCGGUCCAAAUCAAGCAGGAGUCCACGGCCUGGGGUUCGGUCCACAACCCGUUCAGUGACGUGGGGCAAGACGGGGGCAGGAGGACGGUCAAGGGUGGAGGAGAGAAAGAACGCAGGAGUGGAGGGGAGGAGCAGAGACGGAGUGGCCCACCCCUAACACGCCUCUCCGGUCCACAGGAGGAUCUCUGCUUCUCCACCGAUAAAGACCAGGACUGCUUAGACAUCAGAACACACACAGGUCCUCAGCGUAGGUUCAGUGGUGAGGUCCUGAUCUUGGCUCCUCCUCGCCCAGCUCGGUCCAAGCGUACCUCACCCAGACCAAAUGCAAACGAGCGGUCCAGGUCACUGUGUUCGUCUCCUCUGCCUGAGCCGAGUCCUCCUCCGACGUCCUCCUCGUCCUCCUCCAGCCCCAGUGAUUGGGGGAAUCAAACACGUACACACAGUCCUGCACGGGGUUUGUCUCGAGGGCCAAGUCCCAUCUCUUUGAGCACUCAGGAGUCGUGGCCUGUAGCUGCAGCAUUUACAGAAUACAUCAAUGCUUAUUUUAAAGGAGGAGAACACAACCGAUGUUUGGUGAAGAUUACAGGUGACCUCACCCUGUCGUUCCCGGCGGGAAUCAUUCGGAUAUUUGCCUCCAGCCCGAAUCCUCCCGUACUCAGCUUCCGGUUGGUCAGCACUGCACGAGUGGAUCAGUUCUUACCCAAUCAGAAGCUCCUGUACAGCGACGCGUCUCAGAACGACCCCAACUCCAAAGACUUCUGGUUCAACAUGCAGGCCUUAAGCGUCCACUUGCAGAGGGAGGCGGAGCUUAACCCGCACGCCUCCUACUACAACGUGGGGGUCCUGAAGUACCAGGUGUCGUCUCAGGACCCGGCUCGUGCUCCUCUGCUGCUGUCGGCUGAGUGCCAGCGCAGCGGGACGGUGACCCGCGUCGCCCUUGACUACCACUGUUGCCCGGCAACGGCUCCAGCCACACAGCUCACCGCCGUGCAGGUGUUGCUACCACUCGAGCCCACGGCCACCGACCUGCAGUGCCAACCACCUGCCACCUGGAACACGGAGGAGAAGAGACUGCUGUGGAAGCUUCCCAACCUCUCACCCACCAACCACAGCAAAGGCUCGGGCACACUGUGUGCUAGUUGGCAGUGCCUAAAGGAGCCCCGUGGUCCUGCCCCGAGCCUGGCAGUGCAGUUUGUGGGUACAGGAGCGUCUCUGUCAGGCCUGGACAUGGAGCUGGUGGGUGGCCGAUAUCGCAUGUCUCUUCUCAAGAAGAGAUUCGCUACCGGGAAGUACAUUGCCGGCUGUUUGUUGUAGGAGAACCUUGUCGUUUUUGUUUUUGUUUUCUACUUACCUGCUGGACACGAAGUUUGCACUUUUACCUCUAAAAGCCACGUCCGAGCGCUUUUCUGAGGACUGAACACAGGAACGGAUACCAGACCUGGACAUUAUUCAUGAUGCACUGCUGUGCAAGGAAGGAAGGACACACAGUCAAACAACCACACACACACUGGGGGAAAAAAAAUAAAAUAAAGAUAAAAAAAGAGGCGUUCGGCCUCAGGCACUUAUCAGUUCUUGAUGUUUCAUCAGAUUUUCUGGAUUUUUCGCGAUUUUCAAGUGAGAUGUGUAUAAUAACGACGAACGUCAAAAUGUCUUGUUUAUGUGACUGUAAUAAUAAUAAUGAUAAUAAGAACUUUAAUAUUCCCA